CAUCAGGAGGAAAGUACCAAGUGCUCAUGGGGGUGUUUUCAAAGCAGCCGUGUUCAUCACAGAACACCCCCCUAGUUUUCACUGUUUUGGAUUCGCCCAACCCACACGGGGUGAGUGAAUCGUCCCGCAGGUAAACACGGAGCCCGGGGACAGAGGACCGGGGACCGGGGACCGAGGACCGGCGCCGCAGACGGACUCAUUUAAACACACACAGCUUCUGUCAUGGCUGCUUUUUGGGGUAGAAUUAACAAACGCAGGCUGUUGAACGUCGACAGGUGGCGCUGGUUUAUGAACUAAUGUUGUUUUAGCAGUUUUAGCUUUAGCAGGAUGAGCUAGCAUGGUGCUAACGGCUAGCUCGCGCUUGGUGAAGGGAAAUGAAGCCCACGUUGCUCCUGAUGUCUGUGACGACACUGCGUUAUAGGACCAGAAACAUGAGAUCCAGAGAUGGCACAGCUCUUGUUUCUGAUGAUCCUCUGUGCUCUUCCGUCUCUCGUCGUCACCAUACAUAAUUCAUCAGCUGGAGGCUGUGCCAUCAUCCGGCCUCCCAGGGAAGGCGGGAUCCGUUACAGAGGGCUGACACAAGAACAGAUCCGCAGUGUGCAGAUCCUUCCUGUGGAUUAUGAGAUUGAGUACAUUUGCAGAGGAAACCGCGUGAUCGUCGGGCCCAAGGUCAGGAAGUGCUUACCCAACGGCACAUGGACGAACAUAACGCAUCACAGCAGAUGCUUGCUGCUGUGUCCCAGAGUGUGGACGUCACUGGAGAACGGCCGGGUGACUGCGAAGCCUCCUGGACCGCCAGUGGAAGGAACGGUGCUGCAUUACAGCUGCAAUGCUGGCUUCAUCCUGGAGGGCAGAAACCUCAGCCACUGCACCAAGCUGGGCAAGUGGGACGCCCCCAAACCCACCUGCCUCUACGACAGAAACUACACAGGAAAGAAGAAGCUGUACAUCGGAGCGCUGUUCCCCAUGAGCGGCGGCUGGCCCGGCGGUCAGGCGUGCAUGCCCUCCGCUCAGAUGGCUCUGGACCUGGUGAACAACAGGAGCGACAUCCUGCCCGACUACGAGCUGGAGCUCAUCCACUUUGACAGCAUGUGUGACCCUGGGGAAGCCACCAAGUUGCUGUAUGACCUUCUGUACACUGAGCCCAUCAAGAUUGUCCUCAUGCCUGGCUGCAGCGGCGUCUCCACGCUGGUGGCUGAAGCUGCUCGCAUGUGGAACCUCAUUGUGCUGUCCUAUGGCUCCAGCUCUCCGGCUUUAUCCAAUCGCCAGCGUUUCCCCACCUUCUUCCGCACACACCCGUCAGCCACCCUCCACAACCCCACCAGGGUGCAGCUCUUCCAGAAGUGGAAGUGGACUCGCAUUGCAACCAUCCAACAAACCACCGAAGUGUUUACCUCAACUCUGGACGAUCUGGAAGAGAGGGUGAAGGAGGCAGGAAUCGAGAUCAGUGUUCGCCAGAGUUUCCUCACCGACCCGGCUGUCGCUGUCAAGAACCUCAAGCGUCAGGAUGCAAGGAUCAUUGUGGGACUCUUCUAUGAGACUGAAGCCAGGAAGGUGUUUUGUGAGGUGUUCAAGGAGAAGCUCUAUGGGAAAAAGUACGUUUGGUUCCUGAUUGGCUGGUACGCAGACAACUGGUUCAAGAUCAAAGACCCAGCCAUCAACUGUACGGUGGAGAACAUGACGGAGGCCGUGGAGGGACACGUGACCACUGAGAUCGUUAUGCUGAAUCCGGAGACUGUCCGCGGCGUGUCCAACAUGACAUCACAAGAGUUUAUUGCCUCCUUGAUGUCUCUUCUGGGAGGAAAGAACCCUGAGGAGACUGGAGGCUUUCAGGAGGCUCCUCUAGCCUACGACGCAGUGUGGGCUCUGGCCCUGGCCCUCAAUAAGACUGUGGCACCUCUGAAGGCCAAGGGCCGGCGUCUGGAAGACUUCAAUUAUAACAACCAUGACAUCACCUCAGAGAUCUACAGAGCCCUCAACACAAGCUCCUUUGAAGGUGUUUCGGGUCACGUGGUGUUUGAUGCCCAGGGUUCCAGGAUGGCCAUGACUCUUAUCGAACAACUGCAAGGAGGCAGUUAUAAGAAGAUUGGUUACUACGACAGCUCUCAGAAGAACCUCUCCUGGUUUGGAAAUGAUGUUUGGAUAGGCGCUGGACCUCCGGCUGAUCGCACCGUGGUGAUUGAGGAGUACAGGUUCUUGUCUCAGAAGCUGUUUGCAGCCGUGUCUGUCUUCGCUGGCCUUGGCAUCCUACUCGGCAUCGUCUGUCUCACCUUUAACAUCUACAACGGCAACGUCCGCUACAUUCAGAACUCCCAGCCCUACCUGAACAACAUGACUGCAGUGGGCUGCAUGAUGGCUCUGGCUGCUGUCUUCCCACUGGGGAUUGAUGGACACCACGUCCACAGAUCACAGUUCCCCAUCGUCUGCCAGUUCCGCCUGUGGCUCCUCGGGCUCGGCUUCAGUCUGGCGUACGGCAGCAUGUUCACCAAGAUCUGGUGGGUCCACACCCUCUUUACCAAGAAGGACGAGAAGAAGGAGAAAAAGAAGCAACACUUGGAGCCGUGGAAACUCUACGCCACAGUUGGAGUGCUGCUGGCUGUCGACUUCCUGUCACUGAUGAUUUGGCAGAUUGUGGAUCCUCUGCACAUUACAGUGGAGAAGUUCACUAAGGAGGCCCCCAAAGAAGACUUGGAUGUCCUGAUUCAGCCCUUACUGGAGCACUGCAGCUCAGAGAAGAUGAACACAUGGCUCGGAGUGGUUUAUGGCUACAAGGGUCUGCUGCUGCUGCUGGGAAUAUUUCUGGCGUAUGAGACCAAGUCUGUGUCCACAGAGAAGAUCAACGACCACCGCGCCGUGGGGAUGGCGAUCUACAAUGUUGCUGUGUUGUGCCUGAUCACGGCUCCAGUGACGAUGAUCCUGUCUUCGCAGCAGGACGCCUCCUUUGCCUUUGCCUCUCUCGCAGUCGUCUUCUCUGCUUAUAUCACUCUGGUGGUUCUGUUCGUACCCAAGAUGCGGCGUCUCAUCACACGCGGUGAGUGGCAGUCAGAGCAGCAGGACACUCUGAAAACAGGCUCAUCAACCAACAACAAUGACGAGGAGAAAUCCAGGCAGCUGGAGAGAGAGAACAGGGAGCUGCAGAAGAUCAUCCAGGAGAAAGAAGAGAGAGUAUCGGUGCUCCGCAACCAGCUGGCUGAGCGGCAGGCUCUGCGUAACCGCCGCCGACCCUCCGCGGGCCAGAAUCAGAACCACAAUGCCCCGCCACCCCUGUCCCAGCCAGACCCCAAGUCCCUGCUCCCUCCACCGGGCUAUCCUAACCCCACCACUGACAAUCACUCGCUCCCUCCCUCCUUCUCCAACUCCUCCAGCCUCUACCCGGCCGACAGCAAGAUGAGCCGCAACCACUGUCACAACAGCCAGAUCCCACUGCUGUAUAAAUAGGCCAGGCACGGGAGGGGGCGGGGCGGGGCAGGGGGCGGCCGCUAUCACAAAGUGCACGUGGGAGACACACACCACCAAGCAGAGACACUGUGACUGUCACGCACCGCGGCGGAAUGACACUGUUUAAAACGUGGCACACACACACACACACACACAC